AUGGGUCUCCGAGGAGGAGGCGGCGUCGGCCAACUCCGCCAUGGAGAAAACCCUCAGCUUCAAAUCGAAGAUGCCCGUGUCGGAAGUGAACCGAUAGUCGCAGACAUAAAAUCUGCAGCGAGGGCGGCGGAACAUGUGAUUGCUCUAGAGAAAUCAUCGGCAACGGCGGGUCCGUCAUCUUCGGGGCGGUGGUUGCGGUGGCAGCGGAGGUGGUUGAGGUGGCGAAUAGGUGCUUCUCCACCCACACCUCUCACUCCUUGUUUUAACUUUUAA